ACCUCAACCGGACCGUCCUACCAACCAUAUUACGAAAUUCCUCAACCACUCACUAUACGGCCGAGAUGCGGCUCCUGCCCAGUGCUUCACUGCUAUUUCUCCUGCUGCGACAAACAGCGGCCCUCGAAAAGCCCGAUGACGUGCCGCAGCAACUGUCAUACGCGAAAGGCGACCUCAUUCCUGUCGAAUGCCUCGAUCGGACGAUCGAUACCGGCGAGCACAUUCUCGACAAAGCCGGCAAGCUCCAAUACGUUCCGUUCGCGGUAUGCAACGAGACGCAGUCGCCGCUGCAGCUGCGCUUCCUCGAGGGCGAGGACACAGGUCUGAACUGCACCAUCGCCGCCGUGUCGGACGAGAUGUACCACCUUUUCGAAUUCUACAUCCACCACGACUCGCCCAUGUCGUGUCGCGUACGUGCGCGCCCCGCCGGCGACGGCGAACUCCUCCCCUCGGAGGGCGACUCUGGCAGCGGUGGCGUGGAAUGGGUUCCGCUGAUCGUCGCCCUCGCCGGCAAACUCGAGUCCUCCCAUCUCCACAUCAGCACGAACCUCAACAUGCUCCUACACAUGUCCUCCUCCGACAAUCCAGGAGCGAUCGAUUCCGCCGCAGCCUACUCCACAUCCGCGCUCGAAUCCUCCACCACGCGCAUCGUGAUCGGCGACCCGCUCCCCCUGCGCUUCCGCCUACGCUGGUACGCGACAUCCGACCUGCCACCAGGAGAAGCCACCAAGGCCGCCACCGUCGCCGCGGGGCACACGAUGCUAUACUGCAUCCUCUCGGCGCUGGUGGGCGCAACCGUGUGCUACGCCUGGGUCGUCGGCGUGGACGUGCCCCGCCGUCUGAAGCACGCGAGGAAUGCUGGCGCGAACGGCGGCAUCAUUGGCAGCUUUGCGGCCGCGGCGGGGGAUAAGGCCAGGUCCGGGUAUGCGGGAUACGGGUUUCCCGCGAACGGAGGUGGCGGUGCGGGAUAUGGAGGCUAUGGCGCGAAGAGGAAGGAUUAGGGCUGGGAUGGGGAUGGGGAUGACCGACUAAUGAAUGUACCUGCUGUACCUAUUAUGCGAGAAGACGCACCCGCGAUAUCGCGGGGUAAUUUAUUUAUGCAUAGAGUUUUGGGGGAUAUGUACAUAUGUGGAACCGCUAUCUACGUACAUACUCCCGAUAACCCUUUGCGAAUGCUGCCGUG